GUCUGUGCUUUUUAGCAUCUUCUUCCUUUUCAAGCGGCGUCACUCCGCUCUCUCGCUCUUCCUCUUUCCUUGUCGACGCGACGCAAGCCAAGCGAGCUUCUUCCUUCAUGCAGCUCUCGCUCGCUCUGUGUCGCGCGGCCUCAUCAGCUCAACCUCAUCGCAUGACGACGAGCCCGCGCGCUCCUCUGCGGCGACCCUCUCUCCUCCACGCCUCCAGGUAAACUGAUCUUGACCCGGCGGGGCUUCGGGCCCCCCUCCUCCGGCUCCCUCGUGGUCUCCGAUCAUCGCGUCGCGCGCCGCUUCGUCUUUUGUUUCGGGCGUUUGCCGAGUCGGAACGGAGUGAUCGAGCUCUCGCUUUGAGUGGGGGCUGGGAGGAGUUCUCCGUGCUGCUGAGUCGCGUGUUGGGAGAUUCGUUUUGGUCUUUCUAGUAUGGGUGUUGCGGUAUUCUUUUUCGGUUUAGAGGAUGGUGCCAUGGGCUUUCCCGAUUGCGUGGAGAGGGUUCUGUGUGUUCCGCUGAAUUUGUGCAGCGCGUGGUAAUCUCAUGAUUGUGUUGCUUGCAAUUUAUUCCCGGCUGCUUCCAGAAGUUCGAACUUGACGUAGCGGGUUAAAAGAAGUUGUGGUUAGAAUUAUGAAUCCUUGGUACGUGUAUAAUUUCUGUAUAGACGUUCUUAAUAUUGUUAUCUUGAAAAUUAGAACCGAUCAUGGUGCCACUGUGCCAGCACACAUGUAGAGUACGUGUUCUUCUAAGCAGAGUCUAACAUGGGUCUGUUUCUCUUUGAAGUUUGAUUGGCGGCUUGGCCUAUUUGAAUGAGCCUAGUCAAUACCUUCUCCUGAUCCUGGUGUGCGCUCCUCUAGUGUUUCUACUUUCCGAUGGCUUUGUUCUCCGCUGUAGUUUCAUGACCUAUUUCCAUCGCACCAUGAUGUUUCUGGGGCCCGCUUUCAGAUUUUCGUAACUCUUAAUCUGGUUUCUGUACUUACUACUUAAUAUCUAAGUUUGAGCGGCGGUUGCAGUUUAGUUGUAUUGUGUCUUUCUUCUAGUUCGGCUAUCGUUUUUAGGUCCAAUUUCUUGUAGCUAUUUGUCUCCCUACCGUAAUAACCUUCUUUCAUUUUGCUGGCUCUUCUGCUGAGAUAAUAUUAAAAAGCUCUUGCUAUUUCUGGCAAAAUUCAUUAAAAUCACCUUAACUGUUGCUCUUCCAUUUUCAAAUAUAUUGAUAGGGGUAGGGCGACUUAAUUUUGCCACUUCGCGCGCUUUCAUGUUGUGUUUGACAUGUUCGCCUCCUGGUUGGAGGGGUGUACCGCUCCUAGAACAGGAUAGAAGAUUUAUAUAAAAUUAGGCCCUUCAGUCGCCCCAUGCAGUUAUCGGUCUAUCGAUGUGAUUGCCUCUCUUGUGAGGCUCCUCAUUCUUGAGUACGAAUAGUGCCUCUUGUUCUUCAAGACAAGGAGGCUUUUCCAAGUAUCGAUUACUGGAAAAAAUAAAUCAACAUCAUAAUGGAUUUGUCUGUUAAACGUCAGAGCUGGUUAGGCCACUUCUACCGAACGCUAUGCCAAGAAGGGGAUGGGACUGUGAAGCAGGAUUUUGAUCAUAUCGAAAAGCAAGUAGAAGCUGUUGGUGAGAAAAUGAAGAGUUUUUGCUCUAAAAUCUUCCGUGAUGUGCAACCUCCUGAAAGAGAUGUCAUGAGAUUCGACCCUCAAUUGGAUUCAGAAGGAGAUUCUUCCACCGGUGGCAGUGCUGAUUUAUUGAGAAGUGUUGAAAAUGAGCCUGGGAAGAGUAUCCCAAACCAAUCGCAGGUGGCCUGCCCCUUAGAGAAUUAUAUGGGUCAUGAAUUGAGCGAAACUGAUCCUUUUAUAUUUGACCCCCAGUUGGAUCCUCAGAGAAGUAUGCCAGUGGUAGAAAGUAAUGAUGAACAUGUCCAGAUGAUCACAGACCAAUUGCAGGUGACCUGCCAUUUGGACCCUUUUCAGGAACCAGUUGAACCUCAAACUUCUAAUCGCUCUUCUCAGAAUUCGAUUGAGGUGCCAGCAUCUUUCUUAGAUGUGGGGCUGCCGGAUGAACCCAAUUCUUUUGAUAGUAUAAAGAACCAAGGACGUACAAUGGACGAUCCUAGUCAGGAACCUGAACAAAGUGAACCUCAAACUUCUAAUAUCUCCUCUGAGAAUUUGUUUGGGAUGCCGGAGUUUUCCUCAGAUUUGGGACUACUCGACAACCUAACUGCGCUUGAUAGUGUGAACAGCCAACUGGCGCAUACAUUCAACGACCCUAGUCAGGAGCCAACUAGACCUCCAACUUUUGAUCCCUCUUCUCCAAAUUUGUUUGAGGUGCCAGAGUCUUCUUCAGAAUUGGAAUUGCUGGACUUAAUCUUUCCUUUUGAUAGUGUGAAGAACCUACCAGGACAUUUAUUUGACGACUCUAGUCGGGAAAAAAGUGAGUCUCAAACUCGUAAUCCCUCUUCUAAGAAUUCGUUUGAGGUGCCAGGGUCCUCAGAUAUGGUACUACUGGAUGAACCAACUGCUUUCGGAGGUGUGAAGAACCAACAAAGACAUAUAUUCAACUCCCCAAGGGCUCCAGUUUCUGCGCAUUUGCUCGAGGGUGGAUGGUCAAAAUCAUCUUUGGGGUGUGCAGAUGGUGCCUUGACAGAGGAAAAGGCUGCCAAGUUUUGGAAGGAAAAUGCCGUGCAGGGGGAGUCAUCUGCACCUGAGGUGUACUCAAUCUCUUCUGUCGAAAAGGAUUUAUGUGAAGCUGAUUUUCUGUCCAUUCAUCUCCCUAGCGACGACAAUGCAAACACUGCAAAUUUAGCCCCAAACAAGCUUUCAUCUGCAAAUUCAGUUCAUGCUGAGGAGGACCUUGUCCCUUCUGACAACUUCACAGUUGAAACUGUAUGUGGCAUUGGUGCUUCAAAUACGAUCGCUUCAUCUGAUAUGUCUUCACCAGUUGCAUCUCAUGAGGAAGAGGCAAAGAAAAUGGAUCUUGAAAGCUUAAGCAAUCCAGUGGAAGUUGAAUCUUAUAAGUCGGAAAUCUUGCCUGAAGUUUCCUUUCAGGGGGGGAGCUUUUGUGAUGAUGAAGUUGGUAUUGUGAGUUGUAUACCUCAUAGUUCCAGCUUUACCCCAUUUGCCCUAUCAGGUGGAGGCGUGGAAAAUGCCUCUGGGUCUAGUGACGCUACUUCUUUGACUGAAGCCUACAGAAAAGAGCACAUUCAGUUCGACGAGUCUGCUGAAUUUUAUGAUCUCUCGUUCUCUUCAGACAAGGACGAGAAGGUGAAGCUUGGGGAGAGUUGUGUUGCUUUAGAUUCUCGUGAGCUAUAUGCUCUGUCUCUUAGGAUCCAACAGAUUAGGCCAUUCAAGAAAAAGAUCAUGGAUACCUUUGCUCCAGGACGAAGGACAGUAAAGGAAUAUGAACAGCUUGGGAUAUGGUAUGAAGACAGUCAAAUUGAGAGCAAGUUUAAUCAAGAAAUAGAACAUACUACUUCACCAUCUGCAAUCUCAGCCUUUUCAGACCGUCAAAGUUCGCAAGAACAUCAAAUUGACUCUGAUUGGGAACUAUUGUAGGUCAUACCGAUGCUUCCUUAGGUACACUGCAUUAGAAAGGUAAACCUGGCUUUUUUUACCAUAGGCAUGAAUUAAUUGAGGAUGAUCCACUGUGAUAUCAAUAAGAAUGAUUGUCAGGAGGUUUUGUCGAGAUAUGGAGAUGAAAGUAAAAUGUAGUCUGAAAGAAGAUGGUUUCCUAUAGAAAAUGAUAUACUCGUAAGCAGAUAUCUUUUGUUUUUCCUAUGGCUACAUAUAACGUUUUUGCACCCAAGUUGUACUUGUUUUCGUCAGGAAUUUCCCUGGACUUUGUUAUACUUGGAGCUAUACAAUGGUUCGAUGAUCUUUUAACAAGUACGCGUCCAAAAUUUCAUUCCAUGCAUCAGGGAGUCCUGGUAAACACCAGUGGAUGCAAUCACCAAACGUUUGGGGUCAGAUCUCUGCUCCUUUGUUAAGAGCUUGCCCCUUCUGCUCCAUAAAAACCGAUGUGUGAGCAUCUUUUCUGAACUCCGACAUCUGAGUUGUCUUCAACAAUGUUACAUUGAUCUUUAGCUGUUGAAGGGCAUGAUGUACUAUUUUAUGAUCUCAAUGUUUAAUCCGCUGCCCCAGUAUGGACCCUGGAUGGGGUAUGAUUCACUGAA